UUUCUUUUGAGUUUCGUGGUGAAAACAAAGUCCAAGAUGAUUUGUGUAUAACACGAGCAGAGUCUGAGCAGUGGAUCUGCGCAUGCGCGCUGCUGACUCGCCGUGAUCCGCGCAACUGCGCGUGCCGGAGAGAAACCCGAAUAAACAACUGCAACAUAUGCCUGCAUAUUCGCGGAAAACUGCGCAGCAGACGCAUGCGUGCUGCCAUCACGAGCCGCGCAAACACGGUUGGAGUUUAUGCGCCUUGAUUUUCAGCGGAGCGCGGCAGCAUCAUCCGGUCCGGCGGAAUCACGAGUGUAUGAGGCAAACACCGGCCCACGGCACCGCGCAGUUCAACAGGGAUCGAUCCUCAUGCAUCCGGAUGCUUUCCGUCCCGAACCGCUUCUGAGACGCGCAUCAGUCCGAAGAAACGGCAGAACCGGAGCGCAAGAGUCCUCAGCGGGCCCGGGAUUCAGCGGGCCCGGGAUCCAGCGGCCCGAGACCACUGCACCUCACCGGAGCCUUUCUUUACCCCUUAAAUAUUCAUUGUCGCGAUUUGAGUGUCAAACAUGAUACUCUGCUGUCUGAAGACACGGAUGUGUUCGCAGCCCGUGCUGUCUCGUUAUAAACAUCUGCAUGAGCUUUAGAUGAGACCUGGACGAGAUGCGCAGAUGCGAUAUGCUGGAUCUGGACAGUCACUGCAGCACGUGCAGUUUGACCCUGUGAGCGCUUGCACUGGAUGAGAACCAGAAAGGAGGACCAUUUUGUGUGCCAUCUGAGUCCAUCAGAGGCUGGGCUAUCCCUGGAGACACACAUCAGACACACACACACAUCCAGGGUUUCUGACUACACCCCAUUAAGGUUUCAUUUUCUACAUUAGAAACAUACACUUUCUAGGGACACUAUAUAGGUGGUAAAUGUAAGAGUCUUUUGGAAGUAUCAAUCUGAAUCUGUCAUCAAAAGCAAAUCUGAUUUUGUAUUCCAUUUAAAAGUUGUUUACUCUUUUUAUGUGCUGUGUCAGCCUGCCAUCACAAAAAAAUAUAAACCUGCAGUUGUAUAGCAGUGCGUCCCAGCCUUACUUAAAAUAAUUUGCAUUACUUAGUCUAUUAUUGUUCGUUCUGUUUAUGAGCGCUUUUGUUUGUCAUAACCUCUUAAAAUGUCCACACAUAGAUUAAACUCAUUCAACGCGCUUGUUCUCUGGGACGAUGAUGUUGUCGGCGAUGAAAGAAAUAUUCUCUUCUGCAGGCUGGAUGAAAUGUGACGCAUCGUAAUCCCGGUGACAGCUGCAGAAAGAUGAGCCACGCGGACAGAGAGAGAGAGAGAGAGAGAUGAUUAGAGCGACUGCACUGUGACUCAACCAGAUGCAUCGAAAAACAAGCCGGGACGCAGCGUCUCUGAUGGAGACGGAAACUUUUGUGCUGACUGUUACAGCAUUGAUAUUCUGCGUUUAAACCCGUGAACUGUCUCUGGAGGUUCAGCGAUGUCUUUCAGCGAGGUUUCGUCCUCUCUCUCAGGCGAGAUUACGGCAGGUUGAACCUCACCUGAAGCGCACAGACGUGAGUUGAAGGGCCCGUGGCGCUUGAGGAAAAACGGGGAUCUCGCAAGUGUUUUUAGACUUCAUCGGGCACGGCAUGCUUGCGUGAAUCCCAAACUUUGUCGGUCACCAUCUCGUAAAUCCGAGACUGGAGGAGAUGUGUGAUUGACACUUGACCUUUGUUCGCUUGUGUACUUUUAUGAACGGCAACGAGACGGGUGUGUUUACGAGUCGCUUGCGUUCGUGGCAAUGGGGAGUUCUGCGUCGUCUCUGACCACAGACAGAGAGUCAGAUCACGGGUUCAGCACCGCUCCGUUUCCCCCCGCGCCUCCGAUGGGCUGGCUCAGAACCAGCCACAGCAGUCCGGUGUGGGGGACCACCUUCAUCACCCGCCAACAACAACAGCAGCCAAUCCCACACAGAGAACGCAGUCACUCUCAUUCUCCGGGUUCGAUGGCAGCAGUCGUGAGGAAUUCUGAUUGGUCAUGCGGACGCUGUACGUUCCUUAACUCCAGCGGUUCCCUGCGCUGCUCCAUUUGCGAAGCUCCCCGACAGAAGCCGGAUCUCAACCACAUUCUGCGUCUCAGCAGCGCAGAGGAACCUCGCUGGUCCUGCCCUCGCUGUACUCUCACUAAUCACCACGGAUUAGUUUCCUGUUCCGUCUGCGGAGCCGCUCCGGUUACCCCCAAUGGACCCCUUCUGCCAAAGCAGCCCUCGCCCGUUCCCGUGGAGUCCGUAUCCAGCCCAGAAGCCAAAGGUCAGGUAGCCAAUGGAGAGCCUCGGUGCGCGGAGCCCAACGGGGAGGUGUCUAUGAGUGGCGAGAGUUGCUCAGAAUGGCAGUGUCCUCGCUGUACGUUGGUAAACACCCCGGUGGCGCUGUCGUGCUCGGCUUGCGGCGGCCCACGUAAACUGUCCCUCCCAAAGAUUCCUCCCGAAGCGCUAGUGGUACCCGAGGUGCGCACGCCCGUUGCAGGGUUCCCCACGCAGGCCACGGGAGCAUCCGUGCCACUUCUCAUUGAUCUGACUGAGGACUGUCCACCCCAGGUGCCGUCAGAGACCCCAUCUCCGCCUCCCAAUCCUGCCCCAUUUCUUCCCCCUUCCUUAUCCUCGCUUCAGAAUAAUCCCGUACCUCGCAGCCGCAGAGAAGUCCCGCCCCCCGGACGGCCCCCAAACCCCGUCCCUUCUCCCACAUCCCCCUCUACCGGCCCGUCCACCAAACCCAAGCCCCUUUCAUCCUCAGACAAUUACCCACUCAAGCGCCUGAGCGUGCUGGAGGAGGAGGAGCCGCAUAACCCCGCCCUGCCAGUCACGUCUCCGCCGUCUUGGAAAUGCCCCGGAUGUUCCGCUCCGACGGCUCCUCCCUCGUCGUCCGCAGGCCGCUGCGAUGCGUGUCGAGGCUCUCGGCCUGGCUCGGGUGGCGAUGUCAUAGACGUGAUGGGCGAAUCGGUGCGCUUUACACCCGCGUCACCCUCCAGCCCAGACUUCAGCUCUUGGGCAUGUUCCAAAUGUACGUUACGCAAUCCGACGGGAGCGGGUCACUGCACGGCCUGCGGAUCCUCCAAAUUGCACGGUUUCUCCGAGCCGUCCAGCUGCUCCUCAUGUUCUCGGAAACAACCACACUCCCACUCUCGUGCCUUGACCUCCACCCCCUCUUCCUCCAUCUCCUCGCCGCCGUCCGGAGGGGCACAGGACAAGAGCCUGUGUCAGUGGACGUGUCCUGCGUGCACGCUGCUGAACGAGGGACGGAUGAAGCACUGCGCCGCCUGUCACACGCCGCAGCAGUACCUGAGUCUGCGGAAAACCGGCAAGCCGCUCAAACGCAGGGAGAGCAUGCACGUGGAGGCGCGCAGACGCACGGACGAGGGGGAGGCCAAGGAAUUGUGGGAAAAUAUCGUCAGCUUCUGUAGAGAGAACGCGGUGAACUUCGUCGACGACAGUUUUCCUCCCGGUCCACGUUCGGUUGGCUUUCCUGAGAACGACAGCGUCCAGCAGCGAAUCAAAAAGUGGCUCCGCCCGCAUGAGAUUAACUGCAAUAAUUUUAAGGAUCGUGGGGUGAAGUGGUCUGUGUUUAGAACGCCUCGGCCCUCUGAUAUACUGCAAGGACUUCUGGGAAACUGCUGGUUCUUAAGCGCUCUGGCGGUCCUCGCCGAACGGCCUGAAUUGGUGGAGCGUGUGAUGAUCACCAGAACAAUCUGUCCGGAGGGCGCGUAUCAGGUCCGGCUGUGUAAAGACGGCACAUGGACGACUGUUCUGGUGGAUGACAUGCUGCCCUGCGACGAGUACGGAUUUCUGCUCUUCUCACAGGCUCAGAGGAGGCAGCUGUGGGUGGCGCUGAUAGAGAAAGCUCUGGCGAAGCUCCACGGCUCGUAUUUUGCGUUGCAGGCGGGUCGCGCCAUCGAAGGUUUGGCCACGCUCACCGGCGCCCCCUGUGAAAGUCUGAUGCUGCAGGUCAGCUCAACCAACCCGCGUGAAGAACCCAUCGACACGGACCUCAUAUGGGCCAAAAUGCUCAGCUCCAAAGAGGCAGGUUUUCUGAUGGGGGCGUCCUGUGGGGGCGGGAACAUGAAGGUGGAUGAUAUGGUUUAUGAAUCUCUGGGGCUCCGCCCAAGACACGCCUACUCCAUACUGGACGUCAGAGACGUUCAGGGCUACAGACUGCUGCGCUUGAGGAACCCCUGGGGCCGGUUCUCCUGGAACGGUUCCUGGUCUGAUGAGUGGGCCGAUUGGCCGCAGCACCUGCGGCACGAGCUGAUGGCACACGGCAGCAGUGAGGGCGUCUUCUGGAUAGAAUAUACAGACUUCAUUAAGUACUUUGACUCGGUGGAUAUCUGUAAGAUUCAUCCAGAUUGGCAAGAGGUGCGUCUGCAGGGCUGUUUCCCGUGUCGAGCGAGUAAACCCGUCACCGUUACCGCCCUCACGGUUCUGGAACGGACCGCACUGGAGUUCGCCCUGUUUCAGGAGGGCAGCAGGCGUUCGGAUACGGCCGACAGUCACCUGUUGGAUCUGUGUAUAAUGGUGUUCCGGGCUUCAUUCGGUAGUGGGAAUAAAUUGGUUUUGGGCCGGCUGAUGGCACACAGCAAGCGGGCGGUGAAGAAGUUUGUGGGUUGUGAUGUGAUGCUGGAGCCGGGCGAGUACGCUGUGGUGUGUUGUGCCUUUAACCACUGGCAGAUGGACCUGACGGGAGCUUUAACACCAGUGUCCAGUCCCACCAAUGCCCGGAGACCCAGUCAGGAUUUCCCAGGAUACAUCUUGGGCAUCUAUAGCUCCAGACAGGUGAUGGUGGAGCAGGUGGAGGCCAUGUCGACCACGCUCGCCGACGCCAUCAUCCUACUGACAGAGAACAAGGGAGAGAGACACGAGGGUCGAGAGGGAAUGACAUGCUACUACCUGACGCAUGGGUGGGCGGGGCUCAUCGUCGUCGUGGAAAACCGCCAUCCAAAGUACUACCUCCAUGUGUCCUGUGACUGUACCGACAGCUUCAAUGUGGUGUCGACCCGGGGCAGUCUGAAAACCAUCGACAGCGUGCCGCCCUUACACAGGCAGGUGUUGGUGGUCCUGUCCCAGCUGGAGGGGAACGCCGGAUUCUCCAUCACACACAGGCUGGCUCAUCGGAAAGCAGCGCAGGCAUCUUUGGGCGACUGGACGUCCAGCAAGGCUACACACUCGCCUCAGCUCACCCCAGAUACUGACGGACUGCACAGACCUCGACCUCUUUGACACACGCUUACACACACACACACACACAUGAUAUAGACUAAUACAGACCCACACACAUGUAGGCACUGAGAGGGUCUGAGCGGAACUACUGAGCCAAUCACACGCCUGCUUGCUGAGCCAAGACCCGCCCACUGCAAACACACGUGCUCUGUGCAAGCAUACACACACAAACACGUUACUAUAACGCUGGAGUCCUGCGUACGUGUCAUGUUCAUCUCGCUUUGUUUUCUUCAAUGUAGUUUCUGUUUCUAAGAAAUAAGAGAAUGAAUCUCACUGAAACAUGUUAAUCGCAAAAUGAGAUGAAAUAAGAAAUUAUAUUUUGUGUAACCAUGAACACAUUUUGCUUUAUUAUGUGAAUAAUAUGAGAAUCUGGAGGAAUAAAAAUGGUCAUGGAUAUGUGACGUAGUGAUUAAGGCAAAGAAAACCGUCCUGUUUUUAUGACUUUACGUUAAACAAAAUGCAAUUUCUUGUUUCGUGUUUUGCAAACUGAGGCGUCCUGCGUGGGUUUUGUGAGAUUCGGUCAGGAACGAUCAGCCGUUGGCGAAAUAUUCUGCACGAUGGCUAAUGUACGAGCAUAUGGGUAUACUUGAUUCUGGUGGACAUGAACUGUGUAAACCGUCUCUUUUUAUUUAUUUAUUUCGUGUUUUAGUACAUCUUUCUAAGAGAAGCACAAGAUAAGCUGCUGAGAGAACUAACCCACGGGUCGGUUGGUUUUUACGUCACUGAGCUGUAUGACUGAUCGGGGUGUUUUCAUCUGUGCUGGAAUCUGAUUGGUUGGUCCGUUCUUUGAUAAGGUGUAUUUUCUUUUAUUCAGUACCAUUGUGAAUCAUUGAUCUGCCAUCUUCGUGUGUAUUUUUUUCUCUUCUGGAUGUUGUGUCGGACUGUGUCUCCCUCUGUUGGUGUGUGUUGGGUAGAUCAACAUGAUCACACACACGAACUCUGUCUUUCUUUUGUAUAUUGUACAGCGCUGUUUUCCUCCGCAUCAAAGUACUCGCUGAUGGACGGGAGGAUCAUAUGUAGAAUAUUUUAUUGCGAUUCUGGGAUAAAGACAAAUGUAUAAAAGUUUAAAAUCUGUCUGGUUCAUUUGCAAUCUCAGGUUCUGUUGGACCAAAUGACAAAUAAAGUUAUUUUGUUUCAUUUUUUUAAAUCAAGAAA